UGGUUGUAACAGAGCAGCAGAGAUAUUGAGCUUCAUUUUCUCUUCCUGAACUUCAUUAAGACGGAUAUAGACAAAAACAUGGACAGAAGCUCUGCCUUCAGCAGAAAAUGUUAAGAGAAGAGAGAUAUUUUUAGAACUAGUAUUUAAAUGGAAUUUUAAAGCUGGCAUUGAUGUUCGUCUAAGGAACUAUAAUGAGUUUAUACAGAUAAAAGAUAAGAAGAUUUAAAGAGUUUGCGGAUGGUUCUUGUUACAGUGUUCUAGGGAUAGGAUGAAGAAGAAGGUAUAUUUUGGAAACAGAUGAAGAAUUUUCAUCUUCUGCACUAAUUUUUAACAUUUUUUACAAUUUAAAUCCAUAAUUUGAUUGUUGUACUUUUUUCUCAGCAGCUGUGUGGUUGCAUAUUGAUAAUUUUUUUCAGCUGUCUGUGUAUUGACUUAAACAUUCACCCAUUGCUUAUCAAGUACCUUAUCUUAGAGAAAAACUGCACAGAAAUGUAUACUUCAGGUUUAAUGGAGAAAGGGAUAUGCAAUGCUGUGGAUAUUGAGAAACAGUGUAGAUAAGACAAAAUCAAAUAUUCAGCCAUUUUCCUCAGUCCAGGCAGGCAGUUAUUUGUGAAACUCUGCCAAAAAGCACGGCGCAACAACUGGCUUGAAAGAAUUGAGAGAAAACAUAUCAUAUCCAUCAUAGUUCUUUUUUGCUUCUGUGCACAUAUCUCCAGAGAUUCUGGAAACGGCUGUCUGUCGGAUAGCAAAAUAGUUUGCUGUAGGUACAACAGUUGUUUAGAACGAAGAGAGCAUUAAGUACAGGAAGAAACAGUUGAUCCGUGGCUGAGGAGGAUCGACAAAUGAUAUUAUUAAUUCAGUACCACUAUUGCAAUCGUUCCAUCUGAGAGAUAAUUGCUACACCAGAUCUUCAUGCAACUGUCAAACAGUAUGGAUGGGAAAAGAAGGCAAUCUGAGCCUUCAGUGGUCUAUUCUAGUCUUACUCCAAGAAAAAGGUGUGAUGCCCCGUUGACGUUACGAAACUACAGGCGCCAGGGAAUGGACGGGAACGUCUAUUGUGAGAAACAUGUCCCGGCGUCCAGGAUGCUUGCGGACCUUGAAGUUGACAGGAAAGCUACCAAUGAUUUCUUUGAUCUCUUGGAGCGAAUGCAGAGUCAGCGUUUUGACGAUCAGCGAUGUGAGAUGCCGCUUAAUGUGCAGCGAUAUGAUUUUGUUGAAAUUUUGCUGAGAUUGCAAUCUCAAAGAAUGGAAGAGCAGCGUUGUGAACUGCCUUGUGGGAAGGUUAGUUGCCAAGAGAGAAAGCAUAGAGCAGAGAGCACAGUAGAGAUGAUCUUAAAGGGCCCUGGCCCCUACCCCAUGAUAUCUGUGCCUACAGCAGGUGGUUACUGGGUAGAUGGGACUGAUCACUCCUGCCCUCUGGAUAAUGAGGGAAACCCUACUAUGGCGACACCUGUUGGGCCUUAUAAGGUUGAAGAUGAUGAAACAGUGUUAAAUUAUAGGAGACAUUUCUUAGGGAAGGAACAUUUCAAUUUUUAUGCCAUGGAUGAUAACUUGGGCCCCAUAAUAAUGUCAGUGAAGACAGAAAAUGUGUCCUCCCAGGAACAUGUUCGUAUUAUCCUUAGAACACACAGAGGCACGCAGCACGAGAUUGUCCCAGUGUGCAACUUGGAACCACUUCCAAGUCCUGCGCGAAUGGCUAAAAUGAUAUGCGAUGAUAUCACAACUGAGCAUUUUCACCCUGUAUUGUUUCCGAAGGGAUCAGAGAUGAUUGUCAACUACGAUGAACACAUUCUGACAAAUACUUUUAAGUUUGGGGUCAUAUACCAAAGAUUUGGGCAGACAAAGGAAGAGGAAGUAUUUGGAAACAGGACGCAUAGUGCUGCUAUGGAGGAGUUCCUGAACGUCAUGGGACAGAGAAUACAGCUAAAAGAUUUCAAAGGUUUUCGUGGUGGUUUGGAUACAAAUCAUGGUCAGACUGGAGAAGAAUCUGUUUACACAAAAUUCCGAGACAGAGAAAUUAUGUUCCAUGUGUCAACAUUGUUACCCUACACUGAUAUGGAUCCACAGCAGUUGCAGAGGAAGAGGCACAUAGGCAACGACAUAGUGUCCAUAGUGUUCCAAGAUGAGAACACGCCUUUUGUGCCUGAUAUGAUAGCUUCCCACUUCCUGCACACCUUCAUAGUUAUACAGCCAAUCAAUGCCAAUACAGAAAAUGUAGCUUACAAGGUGUCUGUAACAGCAAGAGAUGAUGUCCCAUUUUUUGGACCAACGCUACCUUCACCUGCUGUGAUUGUAAAGGGACCAGAAUUCAGAGAAUUUCUGCUGACCAAACUGAUAAAUGCAGAAAAUUCAUGUUAUAAGGCCCAGACUUUUGCCAAACUGAAUGAUCGAACUCGGGCAGCCUUGCUAGAAACGCUGUAUCAAGACUUGCUGAGAAAGAACACUUCACUGUUAUCGUACCCAAUCAAUGGAAAGACAGAAAGCAGCCGAUUGGUGGAAACAUUUAAAAAACUGACUGGGCGAGUGCGUACGCAGACGAUAGAUACUAGUUCCUUGCAAGCGUCAAGAAAAUCAGUACUUGCCCCACCCUCUCCUCUAGCAACAGUGGGAGAGACAAACAAGUCCCCAUCUGCAGGCAAGAAAGCAAUGAAGAGUUUGGCACGUCGCUUCUCUAGUGCAGCCUUUGACAGGAAAGAAAAAGAUAGCAGUUCAGAUAAAAGCAGCUGCCAAUGUCGUUUAUCAGACAGUCCAAGUGCAAGCAGUAUCAAUCAGUCAUUUAAGACCUGCAGUCCCCCCUCCAGCCCAGCCUCUAGUCAAGGAAGUAGUGGAAAAUCAAGACAAAGUCAAAGCAAAAUGCAGAUAUCUCCCUCCAACUCUACCAGUAGUUUCAACAGCAUUAUAGAUGAAGGAAUUGUUGAACAGCAGUUUAUUCAUGAUCAUGAUGACUCUGACACAGGACUGGAGAGCAUGUCAUCUGCUGAGACCCCAAAUUGUAAAAGAAUAUCCUUUUCCCACAGCUUCAGUGAGGACCACUCAAGUUUAGCAUUUAUGACAGAUGAAGAUAUUUUAAAGCAGAUAGAAGUUCUGAAAGUGGACAUUGGCAAACUGAAGCAUGAGAAAUCAGACCUACUAAAGCAGAAUGCGACAAAUCAGAAAGAAAUCAAAAAAUUAAAAGAGAAAGAAAUCCGUCUUUCAACAGAAUUGCAAACAGCGCACAAAGAGAUCCACAGGUUACGGACAGUUAUGGCGGACAUUAGUCCCGAGGCAACUGUGUGAUCACAUGACCAUAAGCCAAAGCUGUGUUGUCUAGCUGGUAAUGAAUAUAUUUUCCUAGGCAGAUUCAUCUUAACAAACAGUUUUCACCACAAGUGAAAGCAGUUGACCUCGGACAAUAUUGAAGCUAUUUGUUGUAGAGGGCUAACACACAGUUUUCUUUCACUGAAAACUUUAAAAGGAGAGCAACAAAGUUUCUUUGAAUCACAGACACAUCUUGUGCAAGUUUGACACCAGGGGUGACAAUGAACAUUUGAAAACAGACUUUCACUCAUUCUCUUAGAAAAACAGGAAACUAUGUUUGAAUUAUGAACUUCUCAGACAUACCUGUGGGGUUUUCUCUUUGAAUUAAAGCAAAGGAAUAGACAUUCUUUGAGGACAUCCUUUGCAAAAUUAAGAGAAACAUCUGAAAUGCCAGUUCUAUGUGGUGACCAAGCAAAGUAAUCUUGAAGAAGUAUGGACACCUCUGUUCCAAAUGAAGAAGACAAUCUCAUCUGGCAGACUUUACAUAAGAAUGCUGCUCAAGUAUUUUAAUUAUAAUAAUAAUGAUUAAAUAAUGAUUGAUAUAAUUGAUAAAUGAGUCAUAUUGUCCACUGAAAAUGGGUUUUGCAUUUGUCCAAGUCAAUUCACAAAGCAAAAGUGGCUGUGAGAAGUGAAAAAAUUGUGAUGAAUAAUGGUUCUGGGUUGGUGAAAAUAUGAGCUAAUGAUAGUGUAUGGGGCAAGCUUAUAAUCACAAUCCUCUAAUCUUUCUGUUGUUGCAUUUUUAAAAGUAAUUAUGUUUUAAACACAAAUUGUAAUAAUUCAGGUGCACAUUGGGUGUAGUUUCUAUGUUUGCUGAAUAUGGAUUUUAUUAAUGUGGCAAAGUUAACAUCCUUUGUGAAGCAAAUUGUUUUACUGCAUUUUAAGAGCAUAAAUAAUUUUAAAUAAUUGCAUCCUCUUUAUAGGUUGAACCUGAUUAGUUUUAAAGAUAAAAAAAUGCAACAAUAAAAUAGAGGUUUUUAAACACUCCUUUUAAAAUUCAGUUUAACUGAGUUGUCACAGAUGACCCGUGGACUAUGCUGGACUUGUAACCAAAUGGCGUUUACAAAAGUAAAACUGCUUAAUCACUGCAUAA